AGUCUCCUUUACUGAGUCGUGCUGUGGUCUCCGAGAAGAAAGUGGAGGAUACUCCGUCUGGUCUUGAAGGACAUGGUCCUGUCUCCUCCCUUUUGUUCUUUUCCCACCCCUGCUCUUGGCCUCUAAGUGGCCUUUGUACGCCAGAGUGGAACUUCAAGUCCCAGCAGGCCGCUAGGAGCGCGCACGCGUGGUAGAGAUGCUCGGCCACGUGGCAGGAGGAGGGCUGAUGAUUUGGCAUCUGAUUGGUCCUGUGUUUUAUGAAUUGUUUUGCUGAUUGGCUGAGGUUGCUGCCGGAAAGGCCCCAGCCCGGAGAUGCAAGAGCAGAGGCGUUCUGUAGGGCUGGGUUGAAAGCCUCCUCCCUUAAAUAGCAUCGGCCUGACCCCCCGGCCCAGGGGGGACCUUGCCAGAGGCUGUCCUCUCUUACAUUGCAUGUGCUUGGUACUAACGAAGACACGGACAGCGGGUCACGUUCGGGGAUCAAAGAGGAAAGUGACGGGUCCUGGGCCGUCCCCACAUACCCUGCGACCAGAACUCCAGCCCUAGGGAGUGGGCAGGGCCUCUGGCCGCGCCUCACUCCUUGCUUUUUGCCACCUUCAGCGUUGUCUACUAACUGCUUUUCCUGCUCUCUCUCCCAGGAGACGAACGCUUGAGCCUGAGAUGGCAGCCACCCUGCUCAUGGCUGGGUCUCAGAUCAGACUUAAUGCCAUUGCCUUCUCGACAUUUCUUACCAUGUCUCUAAUUUCAAGACGAAAAGCUGAUUGAUCCUAAACUCAUAGGUACUAAGUAGUGAGGAAGCAUUGUGUGAUUUCAGGCCCCCGUGACAUUUGAAGAUAUGGCCAUGUACCUCACUCGGGAAGAAUGGAGACCUCUGGAUCCUACACAAAGAGACCUUUACAGGGAUGUGAUGCAGGAGAAUUAUGGGAAUGUUGUCUCACUGGACUUUGAGAUCAGGAGUGAGAAUGAAGCAAACCCGAAACAAGAGCUUAGUGAAGAUGUAGAAUUUGUGACCAUGUCCGAGGAGCCUAUUGGGGAUGCUGAGAAGAACCCUGGGAGCGAAGAGGCCUUUGAAAGUGGGGACAGGUCCGAAAGACAGUGGGGAGACCUGGCAGCAGAGGAAUGGGUCAGCUACCCUCUCCAGCAGGUCACUGACCUGCUUGUCCACAAAGAAGUCCACACAGACAUCCCCUAUCACAUAUGUUCUCAGUGUGGAAAGGCCUUCGGUCAGAUUUCAGACCUCAAUCGACACCAGAAAACCCACGCGGGAGACAGGCCCUAUAAGUGUUACGAAUGUGGAAAGGGCUUCAGCCGCAGCUCCCACCUUAUCCAGCAUCAGAGGACACACACUGGCGAGCGGCCCUAUGACUGCAACGAGUGCGGGAAGAGUUUCGGACGUAGCUCCCACCUCAUUCAGCACCAGACAAUCCAUACCGGGGAGAAGCCUCACAAAUGUAAUGAGUGUGGGAAAAGCUUCUGCCGCCUCUCUCACCUCAUCCAGCAUCAGCGGACCCACAGCGGGGAGAAACCGUACGAGUGCGAGGAGUGUGGGAAAAGCUUCAGCCGGAGCUCCCACCUGGCUCAGCACCAGAGGACUCACACAGGUGAGAAGCCAUAUGAGUGUAAUGAGUGUGGGCGAGGCUUCAGUGAGAGAUCCGACCUCAUCAAACACUACCGCGUCCACACCGGUGAGAGGCCCUACAAGUGUGAUGAAUGCGGGAAGAACUUUAGUCAGAACUCUGACCUGGUGCGGCACCGCAGGGCCCACACGGGGGAGAAACCAUACCACUGUAACGAAUGUGGGGAAAACUUCAGCCGCAUCUCACACUUGGUUCAGCACCAGAGGACUCACACCGGCGAGAAGCCGUAUGAGUGUACCGCCUGUGGGAAAAGCUUCAGCCGGAGUUCCCAUCUCAUCACACACCAGAAAAUUCACACUGGGGAGAAGCCCUAUGAGUGUAAUGAGUGUUGGCGAAGCUUUGGGGAGAGGUCAGAUCUGAUUAAGCACCAGAGAACCCACACGGGAGAAAAGCCCUAUGAGUGUGUGCAGUGUGGAAAGGGGUUUACGCAAAGCUCCAACCUCAUCACACAUCAAAGAGUUCACACGGGAGAGAAGCCUUACGAAUGUACCGAAUGUGAUAAGAGCUUCAGCCGGAGCUCUGCUCUUAUUAAACACAAGAGAGUUCAUACUGACUAGGUCCUGUGAUCCUGAGUAAGAAACGACUCAUUUGAAGGUACAGUUGUAUCUGAUGUCAGUGAGCCUCCUGAAGACCGGCUUUCCUUGUUGUGGGCAACAGUUCAGAAUACAGAAGAAGACAACCCUCGUGAAAUUCCGACCCACAGCUUUGGGGAUGUCAUCCCCUCCCCCCCAUACUUAUUUUUAUUCACUGAUUAUUAUAUGAGUUGCUUCAUCUAAAUCAGCCCCCAUCCCAAGUAACCUGAAAGCUCAAGACCAGAGGGACAAGAUGCUGGCGGAUGCUUAGGCCUGGAGAUGGAGUAGACCUUUAAAAAGUCCCCCCCCCAUCUCUGGUCCAAAAAGACUACAGUGGGAGUAUAGAACUGAGACAGGGUGGUCGCAGCCGCAUUGGCUGAUUUGCCAUUGUUCACUGCAGUAGUUGGCUCAUGCACUUCCCUUCUAAAGGGCUUUUUCCUUGAGUAGCUCAUAUUUGUAUCUUGCCACCUAGUGGGCACAGGAUUCUGCACACUGAAAGCAACCAUCUCGUCGUUUCUCCUUGUUUCUCACUUGUGUAUAGCUUGCAUGUUUUUGAAAGCUACUGGAAGAUACAGUGUGAAAGGAAAAGGAAAACGGAGGUGUAGGUUUGAGGACCAAGGGCCCAUGGACGGUGAUGACCUUAGCAAGAGAUACCCAUUGAUGCUAUCAUUAAUCAGGUUUAUGUAUGUUCUUCAAAAAUCACUUUAGGGAUCAUAGCUUGGAAACUGCCUUUAGGAAAAGAUAGGACAGCAAGUGAUGAUGGAAUGAAAGUAGGAAGUGAAUUGAGCCCUUCAGGGAAGGGGGCACAGAACCCUUCCCAGAGAGUGUCAGUCUUUCCUGGGUUCUUUGCCAUCUAACGUUUAAGAUCACUUGCCCCUGUAACUGCUAACUCUAGGGUUUGAUUGGGCCACACCGGAGUCUUUAUCUUAGCUUGCAUAAAGGCAUGUGUACAGUGAAACGUGUAUUCUAAUAGCAGAAACCGAAUUCAUAAGAAUCAGCAUGUUCUUAUGUAAUGUAGAUCAUAAGAUAGAACUGUAGACAUAACUCCGUUGUGAGAAAUGUCCUUUAGUUUUCUUUUGUUAUCAAAAAAAAAAUUUUAACACUAGUGCUCAAGUGUUCACUGUCUCGUAAGGUUUUGUUUUGUUCAGAACCAAACUCUUGUUUGUAUGUGUUCCUCAGUUGUGAGAUAAUGACUGGACAAUUAGGUCCAUUGUCUUUUCUCAGACUGGAUUAUCUUCUCCUGUGAUGAAAACCUCUUUGGCUUCAUCAAAAGAAAUGAAUAAACCUGAAAAGGAAUGUGUUUCUAGCCUCCAGAUACAAAUAGUUAAAACCAGAGCUGACCCAAUGUAGCCUGGUACCUCAACUCUCCUCCUCUCAGCCUGAGUAGGAAAUUAUGAGGUAGCCCAGAUACUGGUGCUCACCCAGUCCCAUGGGGAUGGAAGGGAUCGGUGCCCAGUGUGUUUCUAUGGUGCUUAGUGCAAAGUUGCAAACAUUAAAUUUUUUUUUUUUUUUAAAGAAAACUUUUUUUUUUUUUUUUCGGGGAAGGGGGUAAAAGUGUCACAUGCCUUUAAUCCCAGCACUCAGGAGGCAGGAGCAGGCAGAGCUCUGUGAGUUCAAGACCAGCCUGGUCUACAGAGGAAGUUCCAGGACAGCCAGGGCUACUCAGAGAGACCCUGUCUUGAAAAACAACAAAAAAGAAGAAACCCCUUUUUGUGUUGAGAUUCUCUGGGGUUUGGCAUUUCAGGAGUGGUGCUUUCACUACCAGAGUCACUGUGAGCACAGCUGGGUGAUACCAGUCACUCACCAGUGACAAUCUCAAAAGCAACCCAGUGAAAACCCACUGCGAGGGCCUUGAAGUCAUCACUGGCAUUGGAGUGUGAACUUGAAGCAGGGCACAUGGUGUCUGUCUGUACAGAAUCUAGCCUACCAUGGGUAUUCAUAUUUUAACUGUUAGGUGACUUAUGUAUUCUUGAUAACUAAACUCAAAUAUGUUGUCUGUAUCGUUGUAGCCAAUGACUUGGGUGGAUUUCAGCAUUCUCCUGUUGCUUCUUUAAGUCACUGUAAGUGACUGCUUGGGGGGUAGCGUGUAGAAGACAGCACCUCUGACCCAACUUCAUUUCACCCACUUCCCCUCCCCUGUGCUUCCUCUGCCCCUCCCCCCUACACCCCCCCUCCAGUCUUCCUAGCCAGUGCCCCAUUUGAUGCUUUUGCCUUCUAGGAGAUGAAAGCUUGGGAAAGGUUUCUGAAUGCCUUCCCAGCUGGGUGGCCACGCCAGCUCUGCCCACUCUCCUGCGGUCCAUUGCUGCCCACUUUCUGUGCUGAACUGUGUGGAAAUCGUGCAUCCACCACAUUUCACUAAUGCUAUUUGCAUGCCUUCUGUUUGCAGGUCCCUGGCUUUUUCUGCACAUACCCAGACACUCUGUGCCUGUGUUUAUGGUCGUGAAGAGUGGAUGAACAAGUAAAUGUGUAGAGCAGAUUCCCUUGGUAUUGAUCAAUUACCCUAGUGUCUUGUCUAUAGCUGUAUUAUCCUAACAACAUUCUAUAAUUAAAGGUAUAAUUUUUAAAAUCAAAACAA